UUGCCGACAAAUAAAAUAAACAACUCAUGAGAACGGACAUUUGAUGCGCUUCCUGAUAUAAUUUUUACAAGUUUUUUUAAGUGGCAAAAUCGACAAAUAAUUUACUAUCGUGGUAAUUCUCGUAAAUUUUUAUUAUCGUCUUGGGAGCAUCCUUUUUGUUAGAAAAUUGCUCAUAAAAAUUAAAUCCGCAAUUUUUAAAAUGGAAUUCUCAAGGGAGGAAACAGAUAAACGAAGUUCCAGUAAGCUGUCCGUUUGCUUGGAAAAGCAAACCGAAAACUUGUUAAUCAAACGGAUCUCUAGUUUUUCAAAAAUGAAUCCAUUUCGUCUAAGUAGAAAAAGAGAUAAAACCAACAGCGAUACAAAAUUAACGCACGGAAAGAGAGAAAAAAAUAAUGAAAAACUGAGGCACAGUAUUUCAAACAAUGAAAUUGUCAAACAACUCGAUGCAACGCCAAUUCAUCCGUUUCAUGAUACUAAUGCAAAAGAAGUCGAAUUUUCGAAAUCCGAUCAAACCGAUUAUACUACUGAUGGUAUUUUAAGUUAUAAUAAGCUUUUUAUUAAUGGGGACAACUUUUUUAAAAACUUUGAAUUUCCAGAAAAAACUUUUUCUAAAAACAACUUAGAGUUUCAGUCAUUGACUGCCAUGAUUAACGCUAUGAAGGAUUGGUGAAUAUUGACUGCCAUGAUAAACGAAUCGCUAUGAAGAAUUGGUGAUGUAAAUAUGUGGAAUUUUAAUUCGGCAUCGAAUUUUUAUUUGAAUUGUUAUUCCGAUACUAAUAUUAAACAAAAUCUCAUAAUGGUUUAAAAGUAGACGUGAAGCAGUAUUGAAGCCAGUCAAGAGUUUUAGUUUUUAGAAAAAAUAUGUACUUAAAUAAAGUUAGUUUGGAAACUUGUGGUUUAGAGGGGGAAAUUGUAGUUUAUUUGGUUAACUUUGUGGUUCAAAAAAAUGAGAUUUUCGAUAAACAGCAAAUGAAAGUUAAUGAACGCUAAUGAAAGAUUAGAUUAGCUAAUGAAAGAUAAAGUUAUUGUUUUGUCCAACAAAUUGUUGGAACUUUUUUUUUCCGGUAAAUUACUUAAAACUUCUUAAUUUCAAAA